GGUCUGUGGUCCGCGGUCCGUGGUCCGAUUCGGUCCGAUUCGACCACCGCUCGGUCUCUCCAGCGGCACCUUGUAAUCACCGUUUGACAGACGUUAUGAACAGCCACCUAAGAGCGCGUAUUGGAAUUCCUCAGCGUAUUGUCUGUGUUCCGAUGCGCCACGAUAAGAGGCUGUCUAAUUAUACCGUCGACAAAUGCGCCGCAGCUGAUAAUCAUCUCGAUUACAAUGGCAAGCGACAGUCAGACUGACGACACUAAGAAGACAAAACGAGUUAGAAAGAAGAGAUUGUAUGCAGCAAUCAUGAAUCAGAUGGAGUUCUACUUCAGUGAUGCCAAUCUCACUCGUGACAAGUACCUAAGAUCACUGAUGGAAAAGGAUAAAUUCAUCCCUCUGUCUGAGUUUGUCAAGUUUGCCCGGAUCCGCUCCCUGUCGGCCUCUCUCGAUGAUCUGGUGCACGCGCUCUCCGGAUCUCAGUUCCUGCAGCUCUCGUCAGAUGGCUCUGCCGUCUGCCGCCGGUCGCCGUUCGUCUUCAAAGAGGAUGCCGAGCUCUGCACCAUUUAUGUCGAGAGCAUCCCUCGCUCGUCGGGCAGGGAGGCGCUGCGACGAACCUUCUCUGCGUACGGAACAGUCGACUCCAUCUCCCUGCCCACACACCGGGCCACCGGCCACCACCGCGGCUUCGGCUUUGUCCAGUUCCGCACACCCAACAUGGCCAACAACGCGCUUUAUGCGUUCGGAGCUCUGGGCCGCCGUAUGCCGUCUGAACACUACCCCGAGUAUCUGACCGCCGUGGAACCCGCGCCCGACGACACGGAGCCUCUCGAGGAGGGAGGCGAGGGGGACGGAGAGGAGGUGGAACUGGCACCGGUCGACCCGCCGCCCGCAGCCGCGCCUGAUCUUACCAGUCGGCCCGGGAAAAGGAAACUGUCCACAGACUCCAGCUCCAGGGACGCCCCGAUGAAGAUGACUCGAUUCGCCGACACCCCGGAGUCUGAGAAAGACUCCACGCAGAACACGGGCGCCGCGCAAACCACGGGCGCAACAGCCACGGGCAGCGCCAGCGCCACGCCGGCCGACACGGACAACUCCAACUUCUCCGAGGGCGCGGCAGAUGGCACCACCAGCUGCUCGGAGCCGCACAGAGAGGACGCCAGCCUGGCCACGUCCCUGCUGACAGAGCGGACCGACGAUACUGAUCUCAGUGGCGGCGAGCGACGCGCCCGACGGCACCGGCGCACCCGCAGGGGAAGGAAGGCGCCGCUUAAUGAGACUGAGGAUACGCGGCUGCUGGGACUGCAGAUCAUGCCGCUGUCUGAAUGGAGUCGGUUCAAGGAGCAGUACCGCGCCCUGCAGAAGGAAAACAUGUCCGAGAUCAAGCGGGCGCUGCAGGAACAGAAUGCCAACCGACCUCGGAACCCGCCGGCGCGGCCGGUCGGUGUCGCCCCCCAGUUUGUUCCCGGUACGGUGGUUCGGUUCAGUGCCGAUCGGCCCGCCGCGGCCUCCGACAAACAGCUAAUCUCUGCCCUGAAGUCCCGACCGGGAGUACAGUACGUGGAGCUGGGUGCCGACUCCGAGCCCUCCUACCUACGGAUGGAGUCUGCCGCCGCUGCUGCCGCCUGCCUGAAGGACCCAGAGCUCAGAGACGCAGCCGUUCUCACAGGCGGUGAUGAGGAGAACUACUGGCGCCGGCUGCGGGAGGAGCGGUCUGCCACCCGCAGUCGGCGGCACCGGAGCAAGGAGAGGGGCCGCGACCGGCUGCUGCGCCGACUGAGAACCAGCGAGCAGCUCGAGUCGUGACCAGCGCCCUCUGAGGCCCUCAAGGUCCUCUAAAGCAGCAUCUGCCUUACCGAUACCGAAGGUUUCUGGACGGAGCAAACGGAGUUUAUGCCCUGUGCGGCCGGAAUAUGUGGUCUCUGUGAAUCCCGGGCUCAAGGCGUCGUGCUGGAGGUUGCACCAUAAGGAGUACUGUCUGUCUGUACAGUGUUCCGGGUGGAAGGACAGAUGCCCCGCUGGUCGCCUGCGGUGCGGCACAUCGAUCCAGUGUUCCCUGCGACUUUCCUGUUUUUUUUUUUUUUUUGUGUGUGUGCUCAGCUAUUACAUUGUGUGACUUUGCCAUGUGCAUACAUCGUCAACUGCAGAUAUUACGCCAUGUGUACAUUUGUGAUAAUACCUAUCGCAAUACAUAUUCAUGAAUGCC